GCAUAAUAGCUCUGAUUUACACAAUGUAGUCAAGUCAGAGCCCCUUUCUCAUAGCGAUUACGCCGAUAUAGAAGCAGAUUUGGAGAAAAUGUGCCGGGAGGAGAAUGAAAUGAUGAAUAAAACAGUCUCCGUAAAACAGGAACACGAUACUGAUAAUCCGUUUAUCGAUAACGAUAAGGAGCAGAAAGACGAUGUACAGGACGAGAUUGACAGACGUCUGAAAGCCGAAAUGGAGUCCAUGUUCGCAUCUUAUCAAGAAGGAGGCAGCCCACCAUUAAUAAAGCAGGAACCAUCUUAUAAAGAACCCUCUCCCCCACCAGCUGAUCCCAGUAAAGUCGAUGCUGAUAUGGACGCUCGCCUGCAGGCAGAACUCAACUCUCUACCCAUGAUAAAAAGGGAGAUUGAGAUUCCAUCUAGUGCACCACCACCUUCUAUACAUUAUCUGAAACCGAUAAUCGGACCACCCCAAGUGGCACCUACUAAACAAAUCGUGAAUCCUCCAUCCGUUUUUACCAUGACCCCUCAAGUGGCCACCAAUCAGUUUCGCACCCUGGCUCAAGUUCCGAAUGUCACGCUAUUGAAGGGCGUUCGAGGGGAGAAUAUUGCCGUUCAAAUUACCAGAGCUCCCGAUGGUCUCAUCACCAAUGCGGAAGUGGUGCCGCCUUCCAUGGGUUUAAAACCCAGAGAGAAUUUCACGGCCAGUCAAUUGCAUCAGAUACUGCAGAGUGCUCAACCCUAUUUGGCCCUGCCUGUAACUCUAAAACCGGGAGACAUUAAAAAUGAACCGCUGAACACCAGGGAUAUUCCAGGAGUAUACCCAACACCCGGAGAACAGCAGGUGGUCGAGGACGAGGAGGUUGACUACGAGGAAAUCGGUGUGGCCGAUACCUUUGCCGCCUAUUGGCCGAGUAAGUUGAAAGUGGGCAGGGCUCAUCCCGAUUCCGUGGUGGAAACGGCCACACUAUCAUCCGUGGAGCUACCCGAUAUCACCUAUAAAUUGGAUCUCCCCCCGGAGACCACCGAUUGUCUGAGUGCCCUGCAACUGGAGGCGGUGGUCUAUGCCUGCCAGGCCCACGAGCAAAUCCUACCCAGCGGUGAGAGAGCGGGAUUUCUUCUGGGCGAUGGAGCUGGCGUGGGAAAAGGUCGCACCAUUGCGGGUAUUAUCUACGAUAACUACGUGAAGGGCCGGCAACGUGCUCUCUGGAUCUCCGUCUCCAGUGACCUCAAGUUCGAUGCGGAGCGAGAUCUGGCGGAUAUAGGAGCCCAUGAUGAGGUGCGUGUGGCGGCCAUUAGCAAGUUCAAGUACAGUCGCAUAUGUUCCAAUGAGAAUGAUAACUUUACAAAGGGUGUGAUAUUCUGCACCUACACGGCACUCAUUGGGGAAUCGGUAACGGCCAAUUCGAAGUAUAAAACCAGACUGCGACAAUUGAUCCACUGGCUGGGCAAGAAUUUCGAGGGGGUGAUUGUGUUUGACGAGUGCCACAAGGCCAAGAAUUUGAGUCUGAUGAAUGUGGGCAAGUCCACGAAGACGGGAACUACGGUUUUGGAACUCCAGAAGUUGCUACCAAAUGCAAGAGUGGUCUACGCCUCGGCCACUGGGGCGAGUGAACCGAGAAACAUGGCAUAUAUGGUGAGAUUGGGUCUUUGGGGUCAGGGAACCGCCUAUCCGGAGUUCUAUGAGUUUGUAAAUGCGGUGGAGAAGCGCGGCAUCGGAGCCAUGGAAAUUGUGGCCAUGGAUAUGAAACUCCGGGGAACCUACAUAGCUCGUCAGCUGAGCUUUAAGGAUGUGAGCUUCCGCAUCGAAGAGGUGCCCAUGGCCAAGGAGUUCCGAAAGUGCUACAAUUUGUCUGCCGAACUCUGGGCGGAAAUAAAUAAGAAAUUCCAGAAGUCCUGUCGCCUAAUGUGCGUCGAAAAUCGGGUGCAGAAGAUCAUCACCUGCCAGUUCUGGUGUGCCCAUCAGCGAUUCUUCAAGAACCUGUGCAUUGCCUCCAAGGUAAAUCAUGUGGUCAAGAUGACCCGCCAGGCCACCCGAAUGGGCAAGGCGGUGGUCAUUGGCCUCCAGUCGACGGGGGAGUCACGCACCCUGGAGCAUCUGGAGCGGCAUCACGGGAAGCUUAGCACCUUUGUGUCCACCUCCAAGAUGAUCAUUCAAUCAUUCGUGGAGAAGCACUUUCCAGCUCCGAAACGCGACUCGUUUCAUCAUCUUCUAAAUACGGGUGAGUUCGAGCCGGAAGCAAGAUCUCGACCGCCGAGACCCAAGAAGGCCAAGAUGAAUCCCGACUGGUUUGACGAUGACGAGGAUGCCGAGGCGGGGGACAGCGAUAUCGAGAUGUACGAGAACACCUGGAACUCGGAAGAGGAGAAGGGGAAGGCGGGACGAAAGCGACGAGGACGUCCUCCGAAGGUGGACAAAGUGGAGAAAAUCACCAUGCAGGAACGCAUUCUGCAGCACCUUUGCAAUAAUAUGAGGGCCCAGGACAAUGAUGGCGAACCCACCUACACUUUCGAUAAUACCAAGCCGCAAAAGGCGAAUAUUACGGAAAGGGACGUGGAACGUUGUAUCUCUUCCCGUGAACAGUUGCUCGAUAAGAUUGAGGUGCUGGGCAGAAGGCUGCCGGCCAAUACGCUGGACAAGCUAAUCUCAGAACUGGGCGGAACCAAUCUGGUGGCCGAGAUGACCGGUCGUCGCGGGAGGGUAGUGAGAACCGAGUACGAUGGCUACAAGUACGAGUCGCGUUGCGAUAACGAAAUCUCAAUGGAUUUGGUCAAUUAUCGAGAGAAGCAGCGCUUUAUGGACGGCAGCAAACAUGUGGCCAUCAUUUCGGAGGCAGCCUCCAGUGGUAUUUCCCUGCAGAGUGAUAAGAGGGUUUCGAAUCAGAGACGUCGUUUGCAUAUCACACUGGAACUCCCUUGGAGUGCCGAUCGAGCCAUCCAGCAAUUUGGACGCACUCAUCGUUCGAAUCAGGUCAAUUCACCGGAAUAUGUGUUCGUGAUCACCGAUUUGGCUGGCGAGAGGCGUUUUGCCUCGACGGUGGCCAAAAGAUUGGAGAGUUUGGGAGCCCUGACGCAGGGCGAUCGUCGUGCCACCGAUGCCCGCGAUCUCUCGCAGUUCAAUAUCGAUAAUAGUAUCGGUCGAAGUGCUUUGGAAGAAGUGAUGCAUCAGCUGACCAGCGAUAGGCCACUGGAUCCUGCGCAAAUACCGCAGUCCUAUGAGGGGGACUUCCUAUACGACAGCAAAGUAUCGAUGGCCGGCGUGGGAAUGCUCAAUGUGCGCGAGGAGAACAAAGUGAAGGUCUUUAGUGUGGAGAAGGAUAGUAAUAAUAUCUCCAAGUUCCUUAAUCGCAUUCUCGGCUGUCGCGUGGAGGUCCAAAAUGCCCUCUUCAAAUUCUUCCUGGACAAGAUGUACUCACUGAUCAUGCAAAUGAAGCGCUCGGGACGCUUCGAUCUGGGCAUUCUCGACCUGGAUGCCCAUGGGGCCAGUGUGAAGUCUAUUAAGCUAAUUAGAUUCAUUAGGAAGCAUGCCACAGGAACUGCGGCCACCGAACUGCACACGGUCAUCGUGGAACGGGGCAUGCCCUUCGAGACAGCGCUGGCCAAAUACCGAAAAGAGGGCCAGUACGAUCACGACGGCUUCUAUGUACUGCAGCAGUUGCGUCACAACAAGAACUCCUCUAUUCUUUGCCUACAGUCGCCGUCCAAUGCGGCGGAUGGGUCGACGGGAAAGAUAAAUCUACAAAUCUACCGACCCAACACGGGACCCCAAGUGCGUUUGGAGACCCUGAGCUCGAUUUCAUCGCGAUAUGUUAAGGUAACGCCGGAAGAGGCCCGCGAAUUCUGGCUGCUGCAGUACGAUUCCUGCUUGAAUAUGUGCUCCCACGUCUACUGGAAUCGCAUCUGCCCAUUUUCCGUGGGCUGCGAAGUUGGCCUCCGGGUGCGGAAGUAUCAUGUGCUUUCCGGUCUAAUGCUGCCCAUUUGGGACAGGAUCGAGCUGAUAAUCGAGAAGAACGGCCACAAGAUCCAGAUCAUACGCGUGAAGACCGAUGUGAACAAGAAGAUUGUGGGCACGGUGGUGCCGCAUGCCGUCUACGAUGCCCUGGUGGCCGAUUUGUCCUCGGACUCCAUGGUGGAGAGCCAAUAAAGUGACGGUGCCCUCACAUUCUAUUGCCACU